GGACCGCUCCUCGCACCGAACAAUUGAACGGCAUACACCAGGACGAUCUCCCCUCCGAUCUAUGUGACGAUUAUACAAAAAACGAAUGCCAAACGAAGCCAGCCAAUUAGGAUGUCAGGAACCAGGACGAGUUGGCCCGUAGGCCUCGGCGAGUGCACUCAAGUCGCUUUCGAUCUGUUCGUGAGGCCAGAAGCAGGUCGUCACUCCCGACAGUGGAUGGCUGGGCUCUUGCACGCUCAGGGCUCUUGUCACGAUCUCGACAAGUGGAACAGACAGCAUGAGCAAUGUGCUGAAGAAUCGGGCUCAUAUCAGCCCACUCCCAAAUCGAUCAAGCCCAGAAGACCCGUUCGAGAUAAAGAUGAAACACAGGCAAUAGUCUGGUGAGGCCUUAACGGACUGCGUCCUCCCCUCGAUGUUCAUGAGCACCGUGUGGACUUCGAUGACGACAGCGAGGCAGAAGAUGCACCAGCGCAUCCAAGGUUGCCGUUCCUGGUCCAGUCGUCCUCUACAUCCGCCGGUCCCCGGUCAUCGCUGCAAUACUUGUCGUACCAUGCCAGCUUUACUGAGCUUCUCUUCACUUGUCUGCAGCCGGUAACGAAGCACAUCUACUAAGCUGCUUCGCUUGCCCUCGACAUACCCGGAUUUCAUCCCAGCCGGGCUGGCAGUGCAGCAAUUAACAACGUGACGGCCUUGACUCUGCGGAUCGUCGCG